AUGGCGAAGGCGAAACGAGCACAACUCCAAGCACUCCGAGUUGAGUUUGAAACUCUAUGUAUGCAAGGCGGCAAAUUUGGGCAAGACGCUAUGAUGGCUAUUGCAAACAAAAUGCGAAUUCAUGGCAAAACGCUAGCAGAUGUUACCAUCAUUGAGAAAAUACUGCGCUCGAUGAUAGCUAAAUUCAACUAUGUUGAAGAGGUAGCAUUGAAGGCAAUAACACUUCCAAAAUCUGGUGAUUAUGAGAAAGGCAAAUGGAAAGGGAAGAACGUGAACAACAAAAAGGAGAAGAACAAAGCUGGUGAUUCUCAUAACAAAGCAGAGUGUCGCACCAAUUUAAACAAAAACUAUGGUGGAAAAUCAAAUUUUACAGAGACCAGGGAAGAUAUAGAGUCAAAGGCUAAAGAGGAGGUUACGCUCUUGAUGGCUUGUACUUCUAAAAAUAAGGCAUCUAUUAAAUUAUGGUAUCUUGACACUGGUUGUAGCAAUCACAUGUGCAGGAGCAAGAUGGCAUUUUCAGAGUUGUAUGAAACUUAUCAAGACACUGUGAGAUUUGGAGAUGAUUUCAUUAUCUUUGUCAUGGGGAAAGGAAAGGUACAAGUUGUGACCAAAGCCAACUCUAUUCAUACUAUUGGUAAUGUUUUUUAUGCUCCUGCUUUACAAACAAACUUAUUGAGUGCUGGACAACUCUUAGAAAAGGGAUAUAAAAUUCAUUUCAAAGGUGACAUUUGUGAAAUACGAGAUGCUCACUGGGACUGA